UGUACAGCAUGCGCUUACAAAAACAAGCGCUUGACCGUUCACCCACAGCUCUUUCGACAUUCGACAUCCCCGGCGCCAUCUUCUUCUUCUUUUUCAAGCCUUUAGAUAAGCACUCGUUUAAAUAGGAGGGAAGCUGAGGAGUAGGGGGAGGAUGAGCGGAGCCAAAUCCCGCGGCGACCUGCCUGUUGCUGAAAAUGUCACCAGCGGCGGGCACGGCACUGCGGCUCCUCCGCGGGACCGCAAGCCAGGCGGAGGAGUUCUGAAGAGGCUCAAGUCCCGAAGGAGCCAGCAGGUGGACGGCAGGGCCGUCACGGAGGAAGACCUCCGGGCACGGACUGGACACAUGACCCCGGAGGACGUGCUGGGACUGCGAGUAGCUACUCGAGGAUACCUCUGUAAACCCGAGGACAAUAUUUACAACAUCGAAUUUGUCCGCUUCAAGAUCAGAGACCUGGAGACAGACACGGUCCUGUUUGAGAUUGCCAAACCCCCACAUACAGAUGAUGAUGAGGAGAACAGAGAGUCAGACGCUAGCACAGGCCGGUUUGUACGCUACCAGUUCACCCCAGCAUUCCUGCAGCUGCGGACCGUGGGAGCCACGGUGGAAUUCACGGUUGGGAACCGGCCUCUAAGCAACUUUCGCAUGAUCGAAAGGCACUACUUCCGUGAUCACCUGCUGAAGAGCUUUGAUUUUGACUUUGGCUUCUGCAUCCCGAACAGCCGUAAUACCUGUGAGCAUAUCUAUGAGUUCCCUCAGCUGUCUGAGAGCCUGGUCCAUCAGAUGGUGGAGUGUCCUUAUGAGACUCGGUCAGACAGCUUCUACUUUGUCGAGAACAGACUGGUCAUGCACAACAAGGCAGAUUAUGCUUACAACGGAGGACAGUGAUGUCUGCCUGCUUGCGUUUCUGUGACGGCUCGUUAAGAAAGGACAUGUCAAGUAGAAAUUUCCCCCUGGUAUCUUCAAAGAGCAGCAGAAGUGUCCCAAAUAUGUUCUGGUUUCCUUAUUUCAAAGUGGAGCUGUUAUGUUUGUCCUUAUUUUCUGUCAUUUACCGUUACGCUAACAGAUGCUGAUUUAUAACAAGGUCUCAGAUAACAAGGUCAGCAUAUGUACAAGUUAUCACCACAAGCUCUUGGCUCUGUAUGAUGCCACAGAGCUGUGAUAUCCUUAAGAUGGUCAUCUCUCACUGUGAGCACACCGGCAGCACCCACCUGCUAUUCAAACCUUGUCUUUGCAAGAGACAACAAUCAAAUGUAGAUUGUUUUAACAGGGGUAGGGAGCUUAAAAUGGCUUUUUUUAGAUAGAGGACGUCCCACUGUAAGGUAAUUGUAGAUUAUUAGAAAAUGUGAAUCACACAGCACUACUCUUAAUCUGGAAAUGAGCAAAUUACGUCCCUUUUUCUUGGUGACAGCAGUCAAUAAAAAUGAAGAUUUCUUUUUGAACAUUUA